AUGGCAUUUAUGGUGCUAGGCGGUCCUGGUGCGAUAAUCAGGCUUCAUCAUACAGUUUACAUCUAUCUAUCUAUCUAUCUAUCUAUCUAUAGAGUUAAUUUCUUUCACUCGCCCAUUAUCUAUCUAUCUAUCUAUCUAUCUAUCUAUCUAUCUAUGUCAGUCUGUUCAUAUCUAUCUAUCUAUCUAUCUAUCUAUCUAUCUAUCUAUCUAUCUAUCUAUCUACACUCUAUUCUGGAGGCACGGAUAGCGGCUUGGAUUGAGGAUUCGGAGAGCCGAAAGAGAACACUCUAUUCAUAUCUAUCUAUCUAUCUAUCUAUCUAUCUAUCUAUCUAUCUAUGUGAUAGAAUUAGCUACACUCAAUUAGCGGAUCGAGAGCUAUCAUCAUCCCGUUAUCCAUUACUCCACCUUUCAUUCAUCUAUCUAUCUAUCUAUCUAUCUAUCUAUCUAUCUAUCUAUCUAUCUUAUGUCAUUCGCAGACAGGACGUCAUACUACUACUACAGGCCAUGCUUCACGAGGUUAACAGCUACAUUCGCAGUUUCAAAUAUGCUUUGGAAAAUACUCCCUUUCCUUCCUUCAGAAUUGUAAUUGACGCCGACAAACGGCCUCAUGAUGAACACGAACGCCGCUACAAUGCACCUGCGUGCAACAAAGUGGCCGCUAUUAUGCAUGGGGAGCAAGACCGCACUCGCUAUAUUGCCCUCAAAUCAAGAGGUGGCGCUCUUCGCAGGAUUUCAGAGACCCAUCGAUCAUAUGACGCAUUGCAGUACCCUUUACUUUUCUCUUAUGGUGACGAUGGCUACCACUUUGACAUUCCCCUUCAUACUCCGGGUGGCCAACCUACAACAUCUUCCAAAGCCUUAUCAUGCAAGGCCUUCUACUCAUACCGGUUCAUGGUUAGGGAUGGAUACUUCAACCUGCUUCAUAGAAUGCCCGGAGAUUUUUCAUCAGUUUGCGAUUGA